UGCGAGGUAAUUAUGAGUAACAUGCCUUGGUUAAUAUUUACACGUAUGUCUACUAGUGUAUUGCAUUGUCCUCUUUUCCAAGUUUGCAACACAUUUCUGUCAAGGCACGCCUCAAAAAUGGCUUCCGACUCUCACUGGCUCACUGCCUCAGAAAGGGAGCAGCUUCUGAUGGAACUGAAGGCCACAGGAUGGAUUGAAGUGGACGACCGUGAUGCUCUCUACAAGGAACUGGAUUUUAAGACCUUCAAUCAGGCUUUUGGAUUCAUGUCACGAGUUGCUCUGCAAGCGGAGAAGAUGAAUCAUCACCCUGAGUGGUUUAACGUGUAUAAUAAGGUUCAGAUAACACUGACUACACAUGACUGUGGAGGGUUAUCAAAAAAAGAUAUUAAACUCGCCAAGUUUAUCGACAAAGUAGCUCUGACUAUGUAGCUUAUGGAUUCGUUUGUGUCCUCCUGUGAUUUGAAUAUGGUUUAAAAAAAUUCUGUAAUAUAUGAAGAUUUUGGAAAUGUAUGUACAGUAAUUAUCUUGAUUUACAGAACAAUCAAUGUAACUUCUGUUACAGUUGGGUCAUUUAAACUUGAGAUGUUUAAUCCUCAUGCUUAGAGAGGAUGUAGAUAGUGUGUAGGUGCUUAGGGCAGAAUCUUGGUUCUGUUUGAGGGGGGUAACUGCCCAUAAAGACAAGAAAUAAAAUGUGAAGUACAUUUUUAAAUAAAUUUAAAUUAAAGGUUGAAAUGCACAUGCUUUGCAUGAUUUAAUAUAAGUAAAUAUGCUCCAUACCAAGAAUAGUAGUUGGAAAAUCUGCGCCAACCUAAUAUUGUUACUGACAUUUCUAAUAAGAAAAACUAUGUUAAACGUCCAAGAACAUUGCAAUGUGCUGCUUUGUAUGACUGAAGGUCAAACUGCCCAUGUAGGGAGGAAACGUCUAUAGAAGGAUACACAGUAAUGGCAAAAGACUCAAAGAAUGUAACUUCAGAAAUGUCAAAGGUGUGACGUUUGCAGUGCAAAAUGUAAUUUAUUCAGUGUCCAUGUGUGGUGUAAUGUUUUAAUAUCAAUUGAGGAGAAAGCUUCACUAUAAAAUUUUAAGUAUAUGUGCAGUUGUGUAUCUUAAGUACCUUUCUUGCUGUCAUUUCUACGUUGUUAAUUAUAUGGAAUUUAAGAAUAAAUUGAUUUGAUAUUAGGAA